AUGCCGGUGUGGCUGGCGGUGGACCCCGUGGCGGUGGUGCUGGGCGUGUGCUGCCCCGGCCUGUCCUACACGACGGGCUUCGUGGUCUCCAACCGCGGCCGCGUCGCCGUCUCGCUGGUCGUGUCGGCGCCGCGCGAGCUGCGGAGGCACGUCGCCGUCAAGCCCGGCGCGCUCAGGCUGCGGCCCGGCGAGCGCCGCCGCGUGCAGCUGCACCUGUGCGCCAGACAGUCCUUCUCCCGUGAUGCACAGAGGUUCACCUGCCGGCUGUCGAGGGUCACGCAGUUCGGCGUGCAGGUGGCCCCGCUCACCAAGGCCGUGCGCGGCCUCGGUGGACAUGGCGUGCUCUGCGUGCAGGUGCUGGUCGCUGUGUCGCCCCCCGCGCUGGAGAUACGCCCCGCCAAUCUGCAGCUCGGCCACGUGCUCUCCGGCGUGAGCACGGCCACGGCCUCGUUGAAGCUCGCCAACCGCUCUCUCAUGGCGCAGGAGUACGGCUUCGUCAACAUUCCCGAGGACGUCCGCGUCGAGCCUGGCGGAGGCUUCGGCAAGCUGCGGCCCGGCGAAGUGGUGGACCUGAAGGUUGUCUACAGCCCGGUCGGCGCCGAGGGCCGCCGUGAGUUCCUCCUUGACGUAGACACGGUCCUAGGGCUGGCGGCGCGGUCGGCUCGCCUCCACGGCCGCCGGUCCAAGAGCAAGACCAGCAUGGCGUCCUCCGCCUGCUCCGUGCAGGUCACCGCCGACGUCCUGGUGCCCAGGCUGCAGCUUUCGGCGCACCGGGUGACCUUCCCGACGACGUCUGUCGGCGCGCACGCCACCGCCGACAUCACCAUGACCUGCGCCGCCGCCGAGGCCCAGUUCUCCUUCGAGUCCCCCGACUACCUGCAAGUCAUCCCUCCGGCCGGCUCGCUCGUUCGCGGCCAGGUACGCCGUGAGGCAGGCAUCCCAACGCACUCCACCUGCGGCGCGACCAUUACCAUUACCACUACGGUGCCUCAGAGUGGUGCUGCUGUUCCUGCCGCGACCCGGCGACUCUGA